AACCCCCCAAUCCAAUCUCGCAUUGUCCCAUCCCAUGCUCUCUCGCUCUCUCUCUCUCUCUCUCUCUCUCUAAUUAAAAACACAACUAACUCGAAAGCACAAACAGUCGCGACAAUACUCUUUUUGAAUCAAAAAAAGUCGCAAUAAUACUCUUCAGUCUCACACAAAAGACCAUGGCUUUUUCUUCUUCAACUUCAACUUCUUUGCUCUGUUUUCUCUUUAUACUUUCUGUCUCCUCAAUCACUUCCUCAUCACCGACCACCACCACCACCACCACCACCAUCCCUCUCUCCCAUUUCCACCCACACCAAUCUCCACCAGAUCCAUACUCAAAACUCAGCCACCUAGUAACCCAGUCCAUUUCCAGAGCCCAUCACCUCAAACAUCCCCAAAUUGCUUCCACCACCACGCCUAUCUCCGCCCACAGCUAUGGAGCCUACUCCAUCCCUCUCAGCUUCGGCACCCCUCCCCAAACCCUACAGUUCAUCAUGGACACUGGAAGCGACGUCGUUUGGUUCCCCUGUACCCACCGAUACCAAUGCAAUAAUUGCUCCUUCCCUGGCUCCGACCCAUCUGGGUUUCCUCUCUUCAUUCCCAAAUUGUCCUCCUCCGUCAAAAUUCUUGGAUGUUCCAACCCCAAAUGCGGUUGGAUUCACAACACCAAUGUCACUAACUGCCAAGAUUGCAAACCCAAUUCCAAAAACUGUACCCAGAUCUGCUCACCCUACUUGAUUUUCUACGGUAGCGGCACCACCGGAGGAUUCGCUCUCGUCGACACCCUCGAUUUGCCAGACAAGAAGGUCCCGGGCUUCGUCGUCGGCUGCUCACUAUUCUCCUCCCGCCAACCCGCCGGAAUCGCCGGCUUCGGCCGAAGUCCGGCGUCGCUGCCGAGUCAACUCGGUCUCAACAAAUUCUCUUACUGUCUUCUCUCUAGAAAAUUCGACGACUCCACCGCAACCACCGGACUCAUUUUGGAAAGUGGGUCAGAUUCCGCAGAAAAAACCGCCGGCGUCAGCUACACUCCGUUCGUCAAAAACCCAAUUGUCGCCGGAAAAGCUGCUUUCUCUGUCUACUACUACGUGGGUCUCCGGAAAAUCACCAUCGGAGGCAAAAAAGUGAAGAUUCCGUACGAGUAUUUAUCACCUGGACUCGACGGUAAUGGAGGAACCGUCGUCGAUUCUGGGUCGACCUUCACGUACAUGUCGAGCAAAGUCUUCGAUCCCGUUCUGACCCAGUUCGUAAUUCAAACAAAGGGGUAUUCGAGGGUGUUAGAGAUUGAGUCUAUGAUCGGUCUCAGACCGUGUUUCAAUGUCUCCGACACACAGAAGGUGAAGCUGCCGGAAAUGAUGCUUCACUUCAAGGGCGGAGCAGAGGUGGCGCUGCCGCUGGAGAAUUACUUCGUGCUGGCCGGAGAUACUGCGGUGUGUUUGGCGGUGGUGACGGACGGCGUGACUGGUCCGGCAGGGGAAGGAGGUCCGGCGGUGAUUUUGGGGAAUUUUCAAAUGCAGAAUUUUUAUGUGGAGUAUGAUUUGAAGAAUGAGAGGUUUGGGUUGAGACAACAAGAUUCUUGCAGUUGAAAGUAAUUAUUGGGAGUUUGGGAAAAUUCACAAUAACAUAUUUAUCAAUUUGAACCCUUUAUUUUAAUUGGGAAUAAAUUUUGCAGAUCGUUAAUUCGUAUGAAGAUUGUGAUUUGUGUAAUCUAGGAGAGUUCUGCAACAAUGCCAACCCUGAAAUGACUACUCCAUCUGUUUAUUAUGUUUUAAUUAUCAUGGAAAGAUUAUGAUACACACUUUCA